GGCGGCUUGUUGUUGUGGAGGCCAAGAUGGCGGCGCAGGCGGUGGCGGCGGCUCAGGCAGCUGCACAGGCGGCGCAGGCCGAAGCGGCCGAGUCUUGGUAUCUGGCGCUCCUGGGCUUUGCCGAGCACUUCCGCACCUCCAGCCCGCCCAAGAUUCGCCUGUGCGUGCACUGCCUGCAGGCCGUGUUCCCCUUCAAGCCGCCGCAGCGCAUCGAGGCCCGUACGCACCUGCAGCUUGGUUCGGUGCUCUACCACCACACCAAGAAUAGCGAGCAGGCGCGCAGCCACCUGGAAAAGGCGUGGUUGAUAUCACAGCAAAUCCCACAAUUUGAAGAUGUUAAGUUUGAAGCGGCAAGUCUUCUGUCUGAAUUAUACUGUCAAGAGAAUUCUGUUGACGCAGCAAAGCCACUGCUUCGGAAAGCAAUCCAGAUCUCCCAGCAGACCCCAUACUGGCACUGCCGCCUGCUCUUUCAGCUGGCUCAACUGCACACUCUUGAAAAGGACCUGGUAUCAGCUUGUGACCUCCUGGGCGUGGGGGCUGAGUAUGCCCGAGUGGUGGGAUCCGAGUACACCCGAGCAUUGUUCCUGCUCAGCAAAGGGAUGUUACUGCUGAUGGAACGCAAGUUGCAGGAAGUCCACCCACUGCUCACCCUGUGUGGUCAGAUAGUGGAGAACUGGCAAGGGAACCCCAUCCAGAAGGAGUCUCUGCGAGUUUUCUUCCUGGUGCUCCAGGUGACCCACUACCUGGAUGCUGGGCAGGUAAAGAGUGUGAAGCCGUGCCUGAAGCAGCUGCAGCAGUGCAUCCAGACCAUCUCCACAUUGCAUGAUGAUGAGAUCCUGCCCAGCAACCCUGCGGACCUCUUCCACUGGCUGCCCAAGGAGCACAUGUGUGUGCUUGUCUACCUGGUGACUGUGAUGCACUCCAUGCAGGCUGGCUACCUGGAGAAGGCGCAGAAGUACACAGACAAGGCCCUCAUGCAGCUGGAGAAACUGAAGAUGCUGGACUGCAGCCCCAUCCUGUCAUCCUUCCAAGUGAUCCUGCUGGAACACAUCAUCAUGUGCAGGCUUGUCACAGGUCACAAAGCCACUGCACUACAGGAGAUCUCCCAGGUCUGUCAACUAUGCCAGCAGUCUCCCCGGCUCUUCUCCAACCAUGCUGCACAGCUGCACACACUGCUGGGCCUAUAUUGUGUCUCGGUCAACUGCAUGGACAACGCAGAAGCCCAGUUCACCACAGCCCUGCGGCUCACCAACCAUCAGGAGCUGUGGGCCUUCAUUGUGACCAACCUGGCGAGUGUGUAUAUACGGGAAGGAAAUAGACACCAAGAGGUACUCUACAGCCUGCUGGAGAGGAUCAACCCAGACCACAGCUUUCCUGUCAGCUCCCACUGUCUCCGAGCAGCAGCCUUUUACGUGCGUGGGCUUUUCUCCUUCUUUCAGGGACGUUACAACGAGGCCAAGCGAUUUCUGCGAGAGACUCUGAAGAUGUCCAAUGCGGAAGACCUGAACCGGCUGACUGCCUGCUCCCUUGUGCUCUUGGGCCACAUCUUCUACGUGUUGGGGAACCAUAGGGAGAGUAACAACAUGGUGGUUCCUGCCAUGCAACUGGCCAGCAAGAUCCCCGACAUGUCAGUGCAGCUGUGGUCAUCUGCCCUGCUGAGAGACCUGAACAAGGCCUGCGGGAACACCAUGGAUGCCCAUGAGGCUGCCCAGAUGCACCAGAACUUCUCCCAGCAGCUGCUCCAGGACCACAUUGAAGCCUGCAGCCUCCCUGAGCACAACCUCAUCACGUGGACUGAUGGCCCUCCCCCAGUGCAGUUCCAAGCCCAGAAUGGACCCAAUACCAGCCUGGCCAGCCUCCUGUGAGGCCCCUGGAGAGGACUGCCCAGAUUUUGGGAGGCAUCCAAGGGGCCCAUUGUAUUCCUGACUUCCACCCAAACAGCACUGAGCUUUCCUUGGACACGUGCUGGCGUGGGCAUCUCAGGCUUCUUUCCUGAUUGUCCAGAGCUUCCAAGUCCCUGGAGAGGAUGUGGAUCAAUUCCCAUUCUCCCCAGAGUGGCCGACCAGCUGUUCCUGCCUUGCUAGGACCUGGUAAAUGAGGCUUUAGGUGGGAUGUUGGAGCAAACUUUCCAGAGCCAGCUUUUAAGUGGACUUGAUCUGCCAGUCCUUCGGACACAUCUGAGUCAUGCCUGCAGGGGGUUCUUGUCUGGGUGGGGAAUAGGGUACUGGGUCCUGAUCGUUCCUGCCCCAGAGGCAGAGGAUGCAGUGUAGGGAGCUGUGCCACUGGGUCAUUGCCACGUCACUUCCAUCUGGAGCCUUUCCUCGGUGUGGCAGCUUCCAGAGGCCAGAUGCCCAAAACUGGAAGGAAGAAAUGACACAUGUUGGGAACAAAACGUCUCACCAUGCUUCCCAGCUUGCCUUUCUCUCCAUUCUCUACCCUUCUGACAGUUGGGCCCCUGGUCAAGGGUCUUGGGGGAUCCAGGAAGUCAGCUUUCAAACCUGAAAUGACUGCACCAUCUGGCCGUGAAGAUACAUGUACUUGUAGACGUGGGCGUGCAUGUGCUCAUGUGGGCACACAACACAGAGCUGAACAGAGCAGGAGCUAAGACUCCUAUGUUGGCACCAGCUACCAACCCCUGUUUCAGUGUCCCCACUGUGGGGCAGAAAGCAGUGGAGGGGUAAGAAGCCCUCCUCAGCCCAACUCAGGGUGCUGGAAGAUAGGGGAUUGCUUCCUGGCAGCUGCUAGGCCAUCUACACCCUGUCCCCGCUCAGCUCUCUGGAGGCAGGAGGGAACUUACUGCCAUGGGCUUCUGGGGGCAGCAUUGAGCCUUCUCCCAAGUAAACCCCAGAAGGCUCUGCUGAUCCCAGCCCAUCAUGCCCAGUCCUGGGCCUCUGUUGGUCUGGGAGAUGCCUGGCAGAGCCAUUGAGGCAGUCUUCCCCUCCAGUGUGUCCUACCACAGGGUGGUGGAUUGAUUCAUUGGUCUGCAUCUUGUUACCUUGCACUGUGAAGGCAUUGUGUCUGUGAUGGAAGGAGCAUUGAGUGGGAUUGCUCAGGUCUGUUAGCUGCUCAGACCUUGAGGUCUGAGUGUGCCUUAGCCACAGCAGGGCUGUCAGCCAACUUUCUGCCACAAGAGCCCUGCUACCCACUUGGGGGCCAGCAAUAGGUGAGCAAGUAAGCCGCAGUCGGAGGGAUGGGCCAUCGGGAUAUCCUGUGAAGACCCACUGAUUAUCAUCCUGGGUCACCCAAGAUAGCCUGACCCUGCCCUGGGCUGUACCCCAGCUCACACCUCCAACCCCUGGGCCCCUAAGUCCUGCAGAGGAGGGUGUGAUACCUGACCAUAAGCCAUCCCAUCCUGUCUUCCUCCCCUCCACCAAGGGAUGGAGCCUGGUCUCCCCAUGAGCCACACCUGCUGGCGUGGAGCACUCUUGGCCUCUCCAGACCUGAGUUUCUUAAAUCACGCCAUGCAUCAUGUUUUGUCUCUGCAUAUUUAUUUAAGCCUUUAUUUGCUUCUAGGGCAUUCUUGUAUGUAGAGCAGUUGAAAUAAGAACUUCAAAAUUUAACGUCUGUUCUGAUGUUCAAGUGCUUUUAGUGACCACCUCUUCUUUAUGUGUAAAGUUAAGGAUGAGUUUACAGUUAGAAAUCCAGUACUCAACAUUUAAUAUCCACUCUAGCUUUAUGAACACCGAACCCUGUGUGAUUGUGCAUGUGUACAAGCUUUGAGCCCUUUUACAGCAGCAUCUUCCAAUCCAUGAAGCUUUUGAUAAGUUCUUCCUGUGAGUUCAGACUCUGGCUCCCAGUUUCUCAAUCAUAAGAAUUUAAGAGGCAGCAAGCAAGCCCUCCCCAGGAGAUAUUACACACAGGGUCAUAUAGCUAAGCAUUAAAAAGUAAGAAACUCCAAACCUUUCAGUGUGGGGACAAAGGAGUAGCAGGAAGAUUCCUCUUUGAAAGUAAAUUACUGAGAACUGGCCAGACACUCCCCUCCCCAGGUCUGUCCAUUGUGGGGGCUGGGCCAGGAGGCACAAGGUUCCUCGAAGACACAUGCCUGCCCCCGGACUGGUCCCUGCAGUGGCCCAUUAGGCAGGCAAGGCUAGGUCUUCUCCCUGGGGUGAGCACUCCCUUCCCACUUACUGGGAACAAGGAAAGGAAAACUGGCAAGGGCUGCCUGGUGUGACGUGGUAUUUGUCAGUUGCAUUGUCUAUUUUGUUGAGGGUUUUUAAUAAGUAUGUUUGGCAUAAUGUAUUUUUAUGGGUUUGUAAUAUGGUUUUAGCAUCCUAUAACUUCAGCUGGUGCUUUUAAUCAGGAGAAAAAUUUUGUAAAUAUAAAAUAUUGUGUUACAGAUAUAACCAUAUAAAAUAGCUUCUUGUUUGUGAAUU